AGUUCAUUUAUCACAAGUAUUCAUCAAAUCGGCACCGACUUUGCUGCUGACAGUGUCGUGUGAUUCUGCAAAAUGUUGACUUUUUUCCUGCUGACCGCAACUGCUGUGCUUUCGGACGCCGCCCUAGACAUCAAUACCGUGCCUCCUUAUGUAAAGCAGUGCUAUGAGGGCGAUCCCAAGCUCAUUGAAUGCUUCGAAAGUGCAGUCCAUCACUUACGGCCCUAUUUGGCGACCGGCAUUCCAGAAAUAGAGCUGCCUUCGGUCGAACCUUUCCUCAUGGACGAGCUGUCCUUGUCUCUAACGACAGGACCAAACGGUUACAAAGUCUCGUUGAAAGAAAUUGAUAUUUUUGGGGCCAGCAACUUCACCCUAUCCAAGCUCAAAUUGAGCGAAAACGGGAAGCCUUUUGAGGCCAGGAUUAACAUUCCGCUAUUGAGGAUCAAUUCGAGAUACACCAGCAGUGGCGUACUCAUUAUUUUGCCCGCGAGUGGAAACGGCACUUUCAACGCCCAGUUGGAGGACAUUAAUGCCGUGGUCAAGGGGAUGGUCAGUGUGCACAAGAAGGAGAAUUUAACGUUCCUUCAUGUGGACUCGUUGAAUUUAGACCUAACAGUGAGAAAUUUGCACAUGUCUGUUAAAAACAUCUACAAGAACAACCGAAUUUUAACCGAAGCAAUAAAUUUGUUUUUGAGAGAGAAUGGACAGGAAGUUUUUAAAGUGAUGAAGCCUCAAUUGCGGAAGAAACUGUCCACACUUUUUAUGAGUAUUACUAAUAAGCUUUUGACACAUCUACCUGUUGAAGUAUUUUACGUGCCGGUGGCUAGACAGGCAAAGAAACCACCGCAAUAAGUGUCUAAUCAUUACGUAUUUCAUUGCUUUAUUUUGUGUUAUUUUAGUGAUAUAGAUCAGUGAAUUAGUUAGUCUACGUAAUUUUGUACUAUUUAUUUUAUUUUUGUGUGUAGAGGUUCUUUUUUACUUUGUUAUAAAAUUGUUAUAAAAUAUUUAAAAAUAAUAAAUUCUUUUUUUAAA